GAAAAAGAGACAUGUGGUAACAUAGCUAGUUACAAUAACAUCACACAUAUCAAAAAAAUAUGUGUCUACAACCUAAUAAAUAAAGUAAUGCAUGACAUAACACAUAUGUUACUACUCACUGUGGAGAUAGUAACAUAUAGACUAGUAAUAUAUGCAUGUUCCUCCCCACUGUGACUAGUGUAAGCUAUGCGCGUAUCUGCAGAUAUCACGUGUCCAAAUUAAAUAUGAGAUCGAUCUGGCUGGCCUGGUAAAGGUCCAAUUUUUUUACUGCCACCAACCAACCAAAUCAGUACUCACUGUCCAGCCUGCAGCUAGCAACAAACCUGCUACUCCCCAGACAAGCGCGAUGCCGUCGCCGUCCGUGGUGCGCGUGGUGUCGUCGCGCACGGUGGCGCCGCCGCCGCGCCCGCGCGAGCGCAUCCCGCUAACCUCCUGGGACGCCGCCAUGCUCUCCGCCAACUACAUCCAGAAGGGCCUCCUCUUCCACAGACCCUCACCCUCUUCCUCGGCAUCCGCCCUCUCCACCGCCGCCGGCGUCGUCGACCACCUCGCCGCGGCCCUCGGCGACGCGCUUGUCUACUACUACCCCGUUGCCGGCCGCUGCGCCACGGAGCAGCACAGGGACCAACUUACCGGCGCCGUCGUUGGCUGCUCCGUCCACAUCGACUGCGACGGCCAGGGCGUGGAGGUCGUGCACGCCGUCGCCGACGGCGUGGCCAUGGCGGACAUCGUCCCGCCCGACGCCGACGUGCCGCGCGACGUGCUGGCGCAGUUCUUCCAGCUCACCGACGCCGUCAACUACGGCGGCCGCGAGCAGCCGCUGCUCGCCGUCCAGGUGACCGACCUCGCCGACGGGGUGUUCGUCGGGCUCGCCUACAACCACGCGCUCUCCGACGGCACCGCCUUCUGGGACCUCGUCAACAGCUGGGCGGCCCUCGCGCGCGCCAGGCUCGGCCUCGCCCCGGCGCCCCCGACGCCGAGGCCCUCGUUCGAGCGCUGGUCGCCGGACGGCGGCGCGGCGGGGCCGGCCGUGCUGCCGUGCGCCGACGCGUCGGAGCUCGUCGAGCGGGCGGCCCCGCUGGCGUUGCGCGAGCGGAUGCUGCACUUCUCGGCGGACUCGCUGGCGGCGCUCAAGGAGCGCGCGCGGGAGGAGCUCCUGGCCGCUGGAGACGCGGCCGGCGCCGCCGCGGUGACGCGGUUCCAGGCGCUGUCCUCGCUCCUCUGGCGCUGCAUCACCCGCGCGCGGCGGCUGGCGCCGGAGCAGGAGACCGUGUGCCGCGCCGCCAUCGACAACCGCGGGCGGCUGCGGCCGGAGCUGCCCAGGGAGUACUUCGGCAACGCCAUCUACGCCAUCGGGACGGAGCCGGCGCGCGCCGCGGACCUCCUGGAGCGCGGGCACGGGUGGGCGGCGGCGGCCGUGGGGCGGGCCGUGGCGGCGCACACGGACGCGGCCAUCAGGGCGCGCGUGGCGGCGUGGACGGCCAAGCCCAUGGUGUACACGCAUCGCUUCUUCGACCCGACCGGGACCAUGAUGGGCAGCUCGCCGCGGUUCGACAUGUACGGCUGCGACUUCGGGUGGGGGAGGCCCGUGGCGGCGCGCAGCGGCCGGGCCAACAAGUUCGACGGCAAGACGUCGCUGUACCCCGGCCGGGAGGGCGGCGGGAGCAUCGACGCAGAGCUCACGCUCACGCCCGACAACAUGGCGGCGCUCGAGGAGAUUGAGGAGCUAUGGGCUGCCGUGACCCCGGACACGCCGGAGAAGAAGCCUUGAAUCUUCCAUGCAUGUUACCACUCUGGUCUGCUACUCUCUUUUUUUUCUUCUAAAAGCUUCGAUCUAUUCAUUUUUUAUUCAUAGCAUGAUUACCAGAAAUAAUAGAAGUUACUCUAAAGCAACGCAGCAGAAAAACUUUCGAUCUAUUCAUGGCACAAUCGUCCGAAAUAAUACUCCCUCUAUUCAUUUUUGUAAGACGUUUAAGACAGAUAAAAUUGAACUGUUUUGGAUGGAGCGAUGCUAUACA